AGUAGUAGUGGUUGUACCAACAUGGCAAGAGAGAAUCUAGGGAGAGAUCAUAUCAUCAGCUAAAAAACACACAAAUCUCUCCUUCCCUUUCUUCCUUCUUUUCCCUGCAAGAAAAUUACAUUGCCUACUAUUCUUCUUGUUGAAAAAUACAAAAUAAAGAAAAAAGAAGACUUAAUUAUAACAUGAUCUCUCUCCUUUCUUUCUUUAGAAAUCUACAGUUGCUUCCUUACCAACUUAAUAAAACCCACCGAAUCAUCCUACUUUAUGCACACUCUCUUUCUUCUUCUACUCUCUCUCUCUCUUUAUACAUAUAUAUACACACAUUUAAGAAAUCAAGAAAUGAAUACCAAGAUUGGCUCAGAUACUCGUUUUGACCAAAGAAUGGAGGUGAAAUCGGCUGAUGAAUCUACCCAAGAACAAGAACAACAGCAGAAGCAGAAGCAGGAGCAGCAGCACUUUCAUGUAUUGGCAGUGGAUGAUAGUCUUCUUGACAGAAAGUUAUUAGAGAGGCUGCUUAGAGUUUCUUCUUACCAAGUGACUUGUGUGGACUCUGGAGAUAAAGCUUUAGAAUAUCUGGGAUUGCUUAAUAACCUAGAAAAUGCAACUACAGCUUCUUCUUCUUCUUCUUCAUUCUCUCAAUCAGCACCACCACCACCACCACCACAACAACAACAACAAGAGGGAAUGAAAGUCAAUUUGAUCAUGACAGACUAUUGCAUGCCUGGAAUGAGCGGUUAUGACUUACUCAAAAGAGUCAAGGGUUCUCCUUGGAAAGAUGUUCCAGUCGUGGUUAUGUCAUCAGAAAAUAUACCUUCAAGAAUUAGCAUGUGCUUGGAAGGAGGAGCUGAGGAAUUCCUGUUGAAGCUUGUUCAGUUAUCAGAUGUGGAGAAGCUUCAGACACACCUUCUAAAAUCUCUCGACCAUUCUUGUAAAGAAGUUGAUAACAAUGGAAGCAGCAACAGCAACAAGAACAGCAGCAACAGUAUUAGCAAGAGAAAGGCAAUGUCUCCAGAGCCUCCUGAGCGAAGACCUAAAAUGAAAGGGCUGGCUGUUGUAUAGUUUUCUAAUUAAUUAAGCUAAGAUGUAUUGGAGGGAUAUUUUUCUAAUUAUUAAUACAAGGCAUAUAUAUCAUCUGAGUGUUACCUUU